GUUCAAUAUCCAAGAUUUCACUAUUGUGGUUGAUUAACCGGUAUAUUUCUAACCACCUCUGCUUAUUCAGUCCCUUUGAUUACAUAGGGGAAUAGUUUUUUGUGAUUUAAAUUUAUAAUAUUAAGUGUCUUUGCUGUGAAUAUUAGCAUCUUUUCCUUGCGUGAGUCGGUAUUGUCUGUAAAAAAAAAAGUAUUUCUUCAAACUAUCUAAGCAUACUGUGUGGAGCUUUCAGGGUAAGCUAAAGACAAAAAAAGUGAAGUAGAACCUAGAAAAGGGAAAAUUUAAUGGCUGAGAGAACGCCUAACUACGUAGAUGUGGUAAAGCGAAGUCUCACGUCAUGCGGUUUAUCGCCACAUGUUUCGGUAACAGAAGCGGAGGCAGAAAAGGAAAAAGGAAAGGACAAACAAAACGCAGAUCCUGCACAAGCGUCCAUGCAUGCGAUCGAUGAUGAUUGGGGAGGCCAAUUGACUAAGCAGAGUAUUGACGCUGCAAAGCCAUAUAUUCCCUCCUACUUAGCGGCACUCAAGACUUACAAACCGACCGUAAUGCUGGAGGGUGUCCCGCUCAAGGUGAACCAAAAAUCUCAAACGUGGUGUUCGUCAACCAACGUUUCCAACUCAAUUCUGGAACCCGAGAGCACGUCCUCUUGGGCUGACGAUGAUGAUGACUUUUUACUUACCAUAGCGCUCUCCCAACAGAAGAAAGAGCUUGAAAUGCGAACGACCAUCCCUCAACCUAGCGCUGGCGGCGGUAGAAAAGCCAACAACAUGAGAGAAAUGCUAGACAGUCAUACAGACCAAGCUAGUAAACGGAUGGCGGAAGGAAACGAAGGUGGCGUUAACCAUGGAUAUUACGAACAGAAAAAACGCGGAUGGCGAAAAGUGGAAAAAGGAGCUCCAUCGUGUAGUAAUUCUGAAAAAAAACGAGGCUUCCAGCACAACAAACGGCAGGGCAGUAAUGCAAUGCAAAACAACAAUGGUAACACCACUUCUAACCCCGCUUUUUUAUCCUGCGGGCGUUUUGAUGUCUUGGCGGAUAUCAAGACAAAGAAACGCCGAUGA